CCGACGUCACGGAGAUUCGCAGCCGAGGAGGAGUGGACCAUUGACGGCCUCUGUCAUAAAAACACACCAAGAUCACCCUGGUGGGGAACGGGGAAAAAAACAAGGCCACCGGACUCAACAGGCCGCAGUUUUCACCCUCCUGUCGGAGCCAUGGAGACCGCGGGGCUUUGCCACGAGCUUUCGCCGACAUUCUCUGUCAUUUCAGGGCGUUUGUGAGCAAGCGUGUGGUCGUAGCCCCCUUUUUUGCCUAGCGGAUUUGAAGUGAAAGUCCGCCAUAUUUUGCCUUACCACGCCCGGGGAGUGGAGCCACCGGGAAGAAUAAGGAAAGGCAGGGAAAAUAGAGCCACGGCGGUGGGUAUGUUCGUGCGUCUCUCCCGGUGCCCACCUAGUUGAAGACGGGGGAUUUUUUUUUAGGAAGGAAGGAGUGGCGAGGGUGGAGAAAGGAGGUAUCGGUGGUGCGGAUGGCGACGCUUAACGAGAACCCUCUGAGGAUGUGUCUCGCACGGAUCUAAACACCCGGAGACUGCCGCGCAGAAUACAGCAAUUAAGACGGCAUUUAGGUGUGUGGGCAAAAAAAUUGGGGUGGUGGAGGUGGAGGAAGAAGAAGAAGGCGGGGUGGUCUCUUAGUCGAAAAUCCCGAUUUCCCACUCCUCCGUCAUUUGCAGGCCGCUACAUGAGCGCCUUCCCCGGCCUGCUCGUCCUCCUCGCAGCGGCCUCUCGGGGACCAAAUCCUUAGGACUCGUUGACCGUAGCGAAUUGAAACGAGACGAGCGAUAAAAGAAUGACCCUGGAAUCCAUCAUGGCGUGUUGCCUCAGCGAGGAGGCGAAAGAAGCCCGGCGGAUCAACGACGAGAUCGAGAGGCAGCUCCGCCGGGACAAGAGAGACGCGCGGCGGGAGCUUAAACUGUUGCUGCUCGGCACAGGCGAAAGCGGUAAAAGCACGUUCAUCAAGCAGAUGAGGAUCAUCCAUGGCGCUGGCUACACGGACGAGGACAAGCGAGGCUUCACCAAGCUGGUGUACCAGAACAUCUUCACCGCCAUGCAGUCCAUGAUCAGGGCCAUGGAGACACUCAAGAUCCCCUACAAAUACGAGCACAAUAAGGCAAACGCCAAUGUGGUUCGAGAAGUGGACGUGGAGAAGGUCAGCAUGUUUGAGAAUCCUUACGUAGAUGCCAUCAAGAGCUUGUGGAACGACCCGGGCAUACAGGAGUGUUACGACCGCAGGAGGGAAUACCAGCUGUCUGACUCCACCAAAUAUUACCUGAACGCUUUGGACAGGAUCGCCGACUGUUCCUACUUGCCCACUCAGCAGGAUGUGCUGAGGGUCCGAGUCCCCACCACGGGCAUCAUCGAGUACCCCUUUGACCUGCAGAGCGUCAUCUUCAGGAUGGUUGACGUGGGUGGUCAGCGUUCCGAGAGGAGGAAGUGGAUCCACUGCUUCGAGAACGUUACGUCCAUCAUGUUCCUGGUGGCGCUCAGCGAGUACGACCAAGUUCUUGUAGAGUCGGAUAAUGAGAACCGCAUGGAGGAGAGCAAAGCGUUGUUCAGGACAAUCAUCACGUACCCGUGGUUCCAGAACUCCUCUGUCAUCCUCUUCCUCAACAAGAAGGAUCUCCUAGAGGAGAAAAUCAUGUACUCUCAUCUGGUGGACUACUUCCCGGAAUACGACGGUCCCCAGAGGGACCCCCAGGCGGGCCGCGAGUUCAUCCUCAAAAUGUUCGUGGACCUCAACCCCGACAGCGACAAAAUCAUCUACUCGCACUUCACCUGCGCCACCGACACUGAGAACAUCCGCUUCGUCUUUGCCGCCGUCAAGGACACCAUCUUGCAACUCAACCUCAAGGAGUACAACUUGGUCUAACGCGCAAAUCCAAAUUAAACCUUUGCAUCCCGAUGCUAAUUUAUUUGCCGUGUGGUCGGCAAAUUCAUUUGAAUCUUCUAUUUCUAUUUCAUUCAGGAUUUCUAGAAAAAAAUAUAAGGUUUGCAUUCCUUUUUUUUAAAAAAGAAAGUCGCUUUUGACUGAUUGGUCAUAAUAAUAAUAAUAAUAAUAAUGAAAGGCAAAAACUGUGAUUUUAAAAGGAUUUGAUUUGGAUGUAAAUCCGGAUCAAGUUGGUACAGUCCCCGCCAAACCCCGACGUCUAUUGGCGUCAAUGGCUUCCAAGUGAGGUGUUUAAAAAAAAAAAAAAAGUUACAAAAAUAAAAAGGAAAAAAAAAACGGUGAUGUGACGGUAGAUGAAAAAUGGAUGUUUCAACUGUGCCACAUUUACACGUUUUAUUGUGUUAAUUUGUGUGUUUGUUGUCAGAUGCCAAAAGCAGUCCAUUCCACACGCUUGCGCCAUUUUGGAGCGUAACUCUUUCACCACCAUAGAUGUCACAGUCCAUUCUGACUCGGGACUCCUCGUCCAAUUGGAUUGGCCAUCUACACAUGAUAAACGUAAUUCAAUUUAUAUGGUUUAGAAGAAAAAGAAAAAAAAAAGAUGUCCAAUCAGACCGAGUCCUUGCCUGUUGCUAAGAGGAAAGAGGGCAAAGUAUUUUCAAAGUCAGUACCAAAGUUUCUGAUUGGUCAAUUUACCCCUUCUGUCCUUUUGAUUUUGUUUGUUCGCAAGAACACACUUGCGCCAUUUUGAAUAUUUACAUUUUCAUCGCCAUAGAAAUCCAAAUCUGUUUGAACGAGGAGGGAUGGCAGCGAAUGAACGAACGAGCCCUCCUAGUCCAAAUGGAUUGGAUGUCUAUUAGCGAUCAGUUUAUUUAAAUUUACAUAGAGUUUAAAAACAAAAUGAUCCCAUCACAACCUGGCCUUCUCGCCUGUUGUUAGGCGGAAAGAGGGAAAAGUGUUCUCAAAAGUCGACACCAAAGUUUCUGGUCGGUAGAGUUCCCGCUUCCCUCCUUUCGUUUUUUGUGUUUGUUCCCAAGAACACAAGCCUGUAAUUUACAUGUAUUGAGGCAUAGUGCAAUUAUGAAUGCUAUAAUCAUUGUACAUACAUCUCUAUAUAUAUGGCUGCAUUGUUGGCUUUGUAAUCAUAAUUUUUUUGCUUUGUUUUGGCAGAUUGAAUGUGCGGUAUUGGACAAAUAUGUAUCUAUGUAAUUGUAUGUCUAAUGGCUAAUUUUUUUGGGGGGGGGGGUCUCUGGAAGAAAAUGUUAUUUACAUUUUUUCAGUUUCCUUUUAUAAGAGGAGAAUGUACAUUUUGUGUUUUUUUGGGGCCGUUUUAUUUCUCAGCAAAGAAACAUUGUUCAGCUUCAGAAGUACAUAAAGAGGAAUAUGAUGACACGUU